AUGGGUAACCUGCCGCAGCGACGUGUGACCGCAAGUGGCUAUCCCUUCGAGACAGUUGGCAUCGACUACGCCGGACCUAUAAUGUCAGCCAGUCGACAAGGACGCGGCUGUGCGUAUAAUGAAAUCGGUCGUUUUAUUAAAAGUUGUAACAAUUCGCUGCCUGGUGACCUAGCUCUUGAAGGUAUUAAUUUCCAUUUCCUACCUCCUCACGCCCCUCAUUUCGGUGGUCUAUGGGAGGCAGGCGUUAAAUCUGUAAAGUUCCAUCUCAAACGAAUUCUUGGUAAUUGUAACCUCACAUACGAGGAAUUAAACACUGUGCUGGUCCAAAUUGAGGCAGUUCUCAACUCACGUCCGCUAACGCCGCUCUCAGCAGAUCCUAGCGACCUGCUGCCAUUGACGCCGGGACACUUCCUCAUCGGCCGCCCCCUCACCGCGCUGCCGACUGACUGCUACGAGCAACACGUCACAGGAACACUGAGCCGAUACCAACAUUUGGAGCAACUUCGCCAACACUUUUGGCGCAGAUGGAGCAAAGAGUAUAUAUCGGAACUACAGUUGAGGACGAAAUGGCGCUCUGAUCUCAACCCUUUACAGGAAGGCGUCCUCGUCAUCCUGAAGGAGGACAAUCUACCGCCGCUGAAAUGGCGGCUGGGUCGAGUCGUGGCAGUCCAUCCCGGAGCGGACGGAGUAUCCCGUGUGGCUGACGUGCGGACUGCGACAGGAGUCGUACGCCGCGCUUUUAGCAAGAUCUGCCUGCUGCCUCAAGACGACAUCUAG